AACUCAAUAUUCGUCUGCUAGAAAUUACAUAAAUAAAUUCAACAAAAUUGUUUUGGACCGUUGGACGUACAAUUUUGCAAAUGGCUCAGUUAUUCUCUAAUAAAUCGAAACUAGCAUCUAUUUUGCAGAAGUAUGGCCGUCAUAUAACAAGCAAACGUCUUAGCGAGUGUCGUUCUUUACUGUACCUACGCCGAGACGGUUUUGUGACCUCGUCCAAUCAAAUAAAUAAAACCUGGUUACACACUAAAAAUCUCCGUAUUGUGAAACAAGAAUAUUCUGCUGUUCUUCAACUUGUAAAAAGAUCACUUCCUAGAAAUCACGAAUUCAAAAAUUGCACAAGAGGAUUUGCUUCUUCGUCUCAACACAUGCAAUCCAACAAAGAUCCGCCAGAUGACCAAAAGAAGAAUAAUGAAAACAAAGAUGACAAUAACGACGACAAAAAAAUCACAUCCAUGUUGGCGAAAGCAAUGAUGUGGAUGUUUACUGGUUAUAUGUUGAUCACCAUUGUGUCACUUAUGUUUCCUGGGGGGAACCAACCAGAGAUCGUUAGAUAUGUCUCUUGGACGGAAUUUCUUCACCAUAUGCUGGCGAAGGGUGAAGUUGCCGAGAUAAUCGUUCGUCCUGAUGUGGACAUUGUUACGAUAGUCUUACAUCCAGGAGCUGUAAUCAAAGGCCGCAGGAUAGAUCAUCGAACAUUUCAUAUGAACAUAAUUGACACAAACAAGUUUGAAGAAAAGUUGCGAGCUGCAGAACAGCGAUUAGGUAUCUCUGCUGGACAAGGAGUGCCAAUUGUUUACGAACGAACCGAUACAGCAGGCCGGUUAUUGACCACUUUAAUUGCUGCCGCUAUUAUCAUCUCCAUUAUCUCCCGAAUGAAGUUUAAAUCGCCUAUUUCGAUGGACUCCUUUACGCAAAUGUCUCGAGCUAAAUUCACUCUAGUCGACCCUUUAACCGGUGGAGGCAAAGGAGUUCGAUUCGUUGACGUCGCUGGUCUCAAGGAGGUCAAAGUCGAAGUACUGGAGUUUGUCGAUUACCUUAAAAGGCCAGAACAUUACAAGAAAUUGGGUGCCAAAGUUCCUAAAGGAGCACUGUUGUUGGGCCCACCUGGCUGCGGAAAGACGUUACUGGCUAAAGCUGUCGCAACUGAAGCAUCUGUUCCGUUUCUGUCUAUGAAUGGCUCGGAAUUCAUCGAAAUGAUUGGAGGACUGGGAGCGGCCCGAGUCCGAGAUUUGUUCAAAGAGGCCCGGAAAAGAGCCCCUUGUAUUAUUUACAUUGACGAGAUCGAUGCCAUUGGCCGCCAGCGUUCUUCGGGCAGUGGUUCUUUCGACGGAGCAUCCGGUGAAAGUGAGCAGACAUUAAACCAACUUUUGGUGGAGAUGGAUGGCAUGGCGACACGCGAAGGUGUCCUGAUGUUGGCCUCGACCAAUCGAGCCGACGUGCUAGACAAAGCCCUUCUGCGACCUGGCCGUUUUGAUCGUCAUAUCAUGAUCGAUCUACCUACACUCGAGGAGCGCAAAGAGAUCUUUGAGCACCACUUGAAAUCGAUCAAAAUGGAGAAGACUCCUUCAUUCUAUUCCAAGAGGAUGGCGUCUUUGACGCCCGGAUUCAGUGGCGCCGACAUUGCCAGCGUCUGCAACGAAGCCGCCCUUCGGGCCGCCCGCGACUUGGGCAAGGUAGUCACGGCCGCCCAUCUGGAAUACGCAGUCGAACGUGUGGUGGGCGGAUUGGAGAAAAGGUCGUCAGUCAUCGCUCCUAAAGAGAAGCGGAUUGUGGCCUAUCACGAGUGCGGUCACGCUCUGGUCGGAUGGCUCCUUCCGCACACGGACGCUCUGCUCAAAGUGACCAUUGUUCCCCGUACGAGCCAGGCCCUGGGAUUCGCCCAGUACACGCCGACCGACAAGCGACUCUACUCUACUGAAGAACUGUUCGAGCGGAUGUGCAUGGCCUUGGGCGGACGAGUGGCCGAAUCCAUCACAUUCAACCGAGUGACAACCGGAGCUCAAAACGAUCUUCAGAAAGUCACGAAAAUUGCGUACUCGCAGGUGAGAACGUAUGGAAUGAGUGAAUCAAUGGGUCCCAUUUCCUUCCCGGAUGAGGAUCGCAAUUCCAGGGAAUUUGGCCGUCGACCUUACAGCAAAAGAUUGGCCAACACGAUGGAUGACGAGGCUCGUAGCAUUAUCGCCCGUGCAUACAAGCGGACCGAGAGUAUUUUGCUCCAGCACCGCCACAUGCUCGAAAAGUUGGCGGAGGAGUUGCUGGUUAAAGAGACGCUCAGCUUCAAUGACGUGGAAGCCCUGAUCGGCCCUCCACCACACGGCCAGAAACAAUUUAUCGAACCUCUUCAGUUUGAAGCUGAGAUUAACGAGCAAGCGGGUAUUCCGCCCGGUAGAUCCCACCAACAGCCUCCACCUCGCUCUGGAGACUGAGAGAAAGCUUUCUUUUCCCUUUGUAAGCUUUCAUAGAUUCAAGUUCUAUAUAGAGGAUAAAUAUACGGUGAUGUAUAAAAUACAAACAGACACCCGACCGACGCCAGUAUUGAUCCUUUUUUUUCCCUUUCUAUUUGAGGGAUUUUCUUUUUUUCAAAAAACUUGUAAAAUAUGUAAGUGGAUUGUAGUCUGCAAAAGCCGGGGGAGAACCAGGUCGUCACGUUCUGGAGAAAAUAGAUUUAGUUUGUUGGAUCGUUAAUCUGUUUUUCCCCUUUCAAUUAUUCUUUACGUUUUGAUAUUAUUUACCUUUUAUUUCCAUCUGGUCGUGAAUUGUAGGUCACAUUUUCUUUUUUAACUUACGAGUUUGAUUUUUUUUUUUCAUUUUUACUUGUUUCUUUCCAUUCUAAGAAUUUUUUCAAUAAAGGUGAGGACAAGGGUGAGAGGGAAUCUUUUCGGGACAGGCAAAAAUUUUAGUUUUCACACGAUUUGUUUUUUCCACAACCUAGCAGAAUUUUGCUUUUUUUUCGCUUCUCCAACACUUUCAUGCGACAGACACACACAUCACUCACCAGGUCAUGAAAUAAUAAAAUUUUGGAACAUUUUCUUCUUUUUCAGGAGAAAAAAUAAAAACAAAGUGAAAUCAAAACAAUUUUCGAACCAUCUCAAUUAUCCAUACCCAAUCGACAAAAAUGAAAUGAAAGUGAACAAAGAGAGGGAGAGACAAAAAUUCAACAAUUUUUUUUUUAACAAACAUUUUCUUUUUCUUGGGAGGGGGGAGGAGGAGGGGAGCACGCAUACACACACAGGAUUUUUUUUCUGAUCGCACUUUGUUAAUUCUGUCAUUUUUUAAAUUCUGAAUUUCUUGCCCAGGGGCAGCAGCGUGGUGGUUUUACAAUAAAACAACAAUAAUAACAACAACACGUGUGAAAUCAAAAUUGAAAUUUUUGUUUGAAUCUUUUUUAACCCUCCCCACUCUUUUCCCUUGUAACAGACGAGAAAUUAAAAAUUAAAAAAAAAAAAUAAUAAAAAAAAUCGCCCCCACCAAAAACGUUUCUUCCGGAAAUCUCAUCAAAGAGACCAACAAAACAACAUAACAAAUGGCUUUCAAAUUUUUUUGUUUUUCAAAAAAUUCCCGCCGCCAUUUUUCGAAAACAUAACAAAUCGCGUGAAAUUUGAUCGCCUUUUUCUUUCCAGGUCGAAAGAAAAAGGGGAAUUAACGAAUUUAACAAUUAGCAACAACCGAGACAGAAAAUGAAAACUGGAGGGGCGAGGUGGUGCAAACAUUCUUCAACAGCAAACUUAAUUUAAAAAGGUGAAACGAAAAUUAUAAAAAAAAAACACACAGUUUGGUAGGCGACACACAAUUCAAAAUUGCAUACGGCGCACGCAUUUUUCAUGAAAUAAAAAAAAUUAUCUAAAUUCUACGAAUUUUACCGAUUUCCCCAUUUGCAUCAAAAAUUGUCUUUGCUUUUUUUUAAUAGUUUAAUUAAUUUUUCUUCAAAAGACGAGAGAACAGGACAGGUGUGUGUGGGGGGUGGGUGGCGGAAGUGACGUAGGAGAUAGUGAGGAGGAGAGGAAAAAAAUCUUCUUUGAAUUAUAUAACCAUCAUCUUUAAAUAGUUUUUCUUAAAAGAUCGUUUGGAAAUAAUGGCUAUUCUCGGGAAGUUAAAAAAUAUGAAAUGUAACUGAAACAAAAGGAAAACGGCAGUGUGUUUUUUCAACAAAAAAAAGAGCGGGUAGGGUUUUCUUUUGAACAAAAAUGUUUAAGAUUUAAUUUCAAAAUCAUUACGACGCCACACUUGUUUGUAUUUUUGUUUUGUUUUUUAAAUUAAUUUAAAAAACUUAAAAAAAGGGGGGAUUUCGGGUGGUAUGUUGGUGUGUGUUUCCCUCUCUAAUCUUUUCUUUUUUGUACUUUUUGCUCCGAUUCCUUCGAUCCUUUUUCGUCGAACGACGACGACAAUCCCUUUUUAAAAAUCACCGCAUAAAACACUGAACUACUUGAACGACAUUCGCUUCAUCAAUCAUCAUGGACACAAAAAAACAAUCCUCCCCCUUUUAUAUUUUUACGGAAUUGACAAUUUUUUCUUUUUUUCAAACCCCGGGAAUUUUAAAAACGAAGAACAUUGGAGGGCGAAAACAAACAAACAAAAAAACAAAACACGCGAGAACAAAGUUUUGUUUCCAAUUCUGCUGUGGAAAUGAACAAACAGGAGCCCCCAAACAACAAUAAAGAAUUCAAAACGGAAAUUUUUCCCGUUUCUUAAAACUUUUUUUUAAAUUUCUCUCAAUCAAAUAACAUGUACUUUCCGGGCAAUUUGUUUUGAAUUUUUUUUUUUGGUAAUUUUGCUGUUUUAGUUCCGCCAUUCGUUUCGUAAAUGGAGGAUAACUUUUUCUUUACCUUCCCACAACACAAUCAGAAAUUAAAAAUCCUCUUAAUUAUUUUUUUUCAAUUUUUUCAAGUUUUUACUUUCGUGAAAACAAAAUUCUUUCUCUCUUUUUAGCCCCCCUUUUUGGUUCCAGCAAUACGCCAAAUGUCUAGAAAAAUUCAACGGGUUAGAAAACAAGGAUCGAACAAAACUGGGAAAACAUGGAGAAAAGUUUGAUUUAAAAAAAAAAAGUUCUAACGGGAAAAAUUAUUUCUUUGUAUGGGGAAGAUAAAACCGGAUUUGAAAUAUUUCUUUCUCCCAUUUUUUUUUAGCGAUUUGAUCAUCGGGAUGUAUGUGUGUGUAUGUGUAAGGAAGGAGCGGGUGGGAGGGGGGCAUUGAAAAGGCACAUCAUUGGCUGGCAGACGCUUUUCUCUCUUUUUGUUAUUUUCCCAUUUUUUUGGUUUUCUAAUUUUGGACAUGUAACGAAAUUCUUCCUUUUUUCUGAGCGGAUUUUCUUCUUUUUUUUCCUGUUCCUCCCAGUAGCUUAAAUUUUUCUUUUCAUUCGGGAAUUAUUUUUCUUUUGCCUUGUUUUUUCUUACGGGAGAGGAGGGAGAGAAAUGAAAGAAAAAACAAAUAACAGGUACCUCUACGAUCAGAGACGGGGUUAUGGGGAUACUGAUUAGAAAAUUCUACCGGUUCCAGAAAAAUGAAGAAAGAAAGAACAAACAAUCGAAAUUUUUCCCAUUCAAAGAAUUUGCAUCGUUCGCCUUAUUUACAAUGAAAGAAAAGGGGCGUGUCUGUCAGGAGGAAGAGGGGGGACGAGCAUAUUACGCAACGGAGAAUAGGCGGCGGGGAGGGAAGGAAAAGCACAUUUGUGUGUGUAUGUCUGUGUUGUGUGUGGAAUGUCU